AUGUACAGCUUCAUGGGAGGCGGCCUCUUCUGUGCCUGGGUGGGGACCAUCCUCCUGGUGGUGGCCACGGCGACAGACCACUGGAUGCAGUACCGGCUGUCAGGGGCCUUUGCCCACCAGGGCCUGUGGCGAUACUGCCUGGGCACCAAGUGCUACCUGCAAACGGAGAGCAUUGGUGAGGCUCCGGGAUGGGGUCUGGGCUCUGCCUGGGACCAGAGCCUCCCUCAGGGCAGAACCUUAUAGCAGAAGGGCCCCCCGUUUUGCAGAUGGAGAACCAUGUGGUUCAGAGAGGGAAAGGGGGCAGCACAGCAGUGACCGUGGGGUGCUCUUACAGCAUACUGGAAUGCCACCCGGGCCUUCAUGAUCCUGUCGUCCCUCUGUGCCACCUCCGGCAUCAUCAUGGGCAUCGUGGCCUUCGCUCAGCAGCCCAGCUUCACCCGCCUCUCCCGGCCCUUCUCUGCAGGCAUCAUGUUUUUCGCCUCCACCUUUUUCGUCCUGCUGGCCUUGGCCAUUUACACUGGAGUUACCGUCAGCUUUCUGGGUCGCCGCUUCGGGGACUGGCGCUUUUCCUGGUCCUACAUCCUGGGCUGGGUAGCCCUGCUCAUGACCUUCUUUGCAGGAAUUUUCUACAUGUGUGCCUACCGGAUGCAUGAAUGUCGGCGCCUGUCCACUCCCCGCUGAGCCCAAAUGUGUGCCCCGACUGCACCUGGAAGUAGAAGUCUGGUCACUGAAGAGGAGGGGAAGGGCCUAGAGGCCUGAAACCCUGGUUCCUAGGGGGCGUGAGGGGGCUUGGUCCCGGACACUGGGUGGGGACCCCUGACUCCUGUGUCCCAAGGGGAAGGGAGCAAGACUGGGGCCUGGGGGAGGCAGUUGAGAAGACCUACAACCCCACCUGCCGGGGGGUUGUUAGAGAAAUGGGAUAUCCAUUAGAGCGGCUUUUUGGAGUCUAAUAAAACUGGUUGAAACUA